AUGUCGGGUGGACGACCUGGGGGUGCCAGCAGACACGGCAGCUGCUCCUGGGAGUGCGGCCUGCACAGGGAGCAGGGCCCAGGGAGCCCCAGGAGCAGCCCCGGGCUGCGGGCUCGGUUACAGCGCUGCCGGCCACAGGGGGCACGAGGUGCAGAGCCAGGACCCUUCCAGCCCCCGGGGACCCAGGCCCCACGGGGCACCCCUAUGCGGGGCCGCAGGCUGCACCGCGGCGCGAGGAGCCCACUGCGCGCCCACGGGUCCUGGCCUCGUGGACACGCGAGCGAGGCGUCGCGGCGGCCGAACCCGCGGUGGCCGCAGCCUGUCCCGGGGCUCGGGGCGCGGGCGGGGGGCAGACAACGGCCAACGGUCGGGGGCCGCGGGGCUCGGGGCCUGGGUCCCUCACGCGUGGGCCGGGGCCGCCCGGUGCCCGCAUCUCCACGGCAGCUUUCCCCUGGGGUCGCCUCCCGCGCAGACCUCGGGCUGGGAGCGCCCCUCCCCGGAGCUGGGUUCCCUGCCCGGAAGCACCGCGGCCCCAGGGCACCAGCAUUUCUCAGAGUAACUCAGAGCUCAGGGGGCAGAGUCCGCGACAAAACGGACAAUUUGCCGACGGGAACACAACUGUCAGCACCAUCAGGCAUUUCUUGUCUAAGGAAGACUUGCAGCCGACUAACAGCUGUCUGCGAGCCAUCUCCCAGGUACGAGGACAGGAGACAGGCCUCAGAUUUAUUCAUGAGAGACAAAGAGAGAGAGGCAGAAGGAGAAGCAGGCUGUCUCCGGGAAGUCUGAUGUGGGAUUUGAUCC